CGCUGAUAGUGCGUCUUGGUAUCUCCGUGCCGCCACAGGUCGGAUGGCCCAGGGCUUGCGCUGAGCUCGAGCCUCAGGCAUCAGGGUCGCAGCCCACCAGUCUCAAGGCGAACGAGUAGGCGACUGGCUAGCCAGACAGACUCGCUGGCUGGUUACCUGUUUGCUUUGCUGUGUUCUGUGUCGGCAAUGGCUGCUGGUUUCCAACAGGAGAGCUUGAUGGCUGAGCAAAUUUGUGCCCCACAGAAUAACAGCUAAGUGUCCGGGACACUGACGGGAGGUUGCUGUGAGCUCUGAGCCCUCCUGGAACCGGUGCAAACCUGUGCUGCCUUCUUGAUGUGGCCUGAGGGUGCCCUCUGCCUGCAGGUCCCGGCCGCCAUGGAACCAGACCCCCAGGCCGGCGUGCAGGUGGGCAUGCGUGUGGUGCGUGGCGUGGACUGGAAGUGGGGCCAGCAGGACGGCGGCGAGGGCGGUGUGGGCACGGUGGUGGAACUCGGCCGCCACGGAAGCCCCUCCACCCCGGAUCGCACGGUGGUCGUGCAGUGGGACCACGGGACCCGCACCAACUACCGCGCAGGCUACCAGGGCGCUCACGACCUGCUGCUCUAUGACAACGCCCAGAUCGGCGUCCGCCACCCCAACAUCAUCUGCGACUGCUGCAAGAAGCACGGGCUGCGGGGCAUGCGCUGGAAGUGCCGCGUCUGCUUCGACUACGACCUGUGCACGCAGUGCUACAUGCACAACAAGCACGACCUGGCCCACGCCUUCGAGCGCUACGAGACGGCCCACUCGCGCCCGGUCACACUGAGUCCCCGCCAGGGCCUCCCAAGGAUCCCAUUAAGGGGCAUCUUCCAGGGGGCGAAGGUGGUUCGGGGCCCCGACUGGGAAUGGGGUUCCCAGGACGGAGGGGAAGGGAAGUCAGGACGAGUGGUGGACAUCCGUGGCUGGGAUGUUGAGACGGGCCGGAGCGUGGCCAGCGUGACGUGGGCCGACGGCACCACCAAUGUGUACCGCGUGGGCCACAAGGGCAAGGUGGACCUCAAGUGUGUGGGUGAGGCGGCCGGCGGCUUCUACUACAGGGAGCAUCUCCCGAGGCUCGGCAAGCCCGCAGAGCUGCAGCGCCGGGUGAGUGCUGAUGGCCAGCCCUUCCAGCCUGGGGACAAGGUUAAGUGUCUGCUGGACACAGACAUCCUGAGGGACAUGCAGGAAGGCCAUGGUGGCUGGAACCCCAGGAUGGCAGAGUUUAUCGGACAGACGGGCACCGUGCACCGCAUCACGGACCGCGGGGACGUGCGUGUGCAGUUCCACCACAAGACCCGCUGGACCUUCCACCCUGGGGCUCUCACCAAGCACAACUCCUUCUGGGUGGGCGACGUGGUGCGGGUCAUUGACGACCUUGACACAGUGAAGCGGCUGCAGGCCGGGCAUGGCGAGUGGACAGAUGAUAUGGCCCCAGCUCUGGGCCGCAUCGGGAAGGUGGUGAAGGUUUUCGGAGACGGAAACCUGCGUGUGGCAGUCGGCGGUCAGCUGUGGACCUUCAGCCCCUGCUGUCUGGUGGCCUACCGGCCGGAGGAGGAUGCCAACCUAGAUGUGGCCGAGCGCGCCAGGGAGAACAAAAGCUCCCUGAGCCUCGUUCUGGACAAACUUCGAGCCCAGAAGAGUGACCUGGAGCACCCAGGGAGGCUGGUGGUGGAGGUGGCUCUGGGCAACGUGGCCCGGGCUCUGGACCUGCUGCGGAGGCACCCAGAGCAGGUGGACACCAAGAACCAGGGCAGGACUGCCCUGCAGGUGGCGGCCUACCUCGGCCAGGUAGAGCUGGUUCGACUGCUGCUGCAGGCGCGGGCAGGCGUGGACCUGGCAGAUGAUGAAGGCAACACGGCAUUGCACUAUGCAGCCCUGGGGAACCAGCCAGAGGCCACUCUGGUGCUCCUGAGCUCAGGUUGCGGGGCUAACGCCCUUAAUGGCACCCGGAGCUCAGCACUGCACGUGGCCGUGCAGAGGGGCUUCCUGGAGGUGGUGAGGGUCCUGUGUGAGCGUGGCUGUGACGUCAACCUGCCUGAUGCUCACGCCAACACGCCCCUGCACUGCGCCAUCUCGGCGGGCAGUGCCGCCAGUGGCAUCGUGGAGGUCCUCACUGAGGUGCCAGGCAUUGACAUCACUGCCACUAACAGCCAAGGCUUCACCCUCUUGCACCACGCAUCCCUCAAAGGCCACACGCUAGCUGUCAAGAGGAUCCUGGCACGGGCCCGGCAGCUGGUGGAUGCCCAGAAAGAGGACGGAUUCACGGCACUGCACCUGGCCGCCCUCAACAACCACUGGGAGGUGGCCCAGGUUCUCAUCAGAGAGGGCCGCUGUGAUGUGAAUGUUCGCAACCGGAAGCUCCAGUCUCCACUGCACCUGGCCGUGCAGCAGGCCCAUGUAGGGCUGGUGCCGCUGCUGGUGGACGCGGGCUGCAGCGUCAAUGCCGAAGAUGAGGAGGGGGAUACGGCGCUGCACGUGGCACUGCAGCGUCAUCAGCUGCUGCCCCUGGUGGCUGAUGGGGCUGGGGGGGACCCAGGGCCCUUGCAGCUGCUGUCCAGGCUGCAGGCCUCAGGCCUUCCUGGCAACGUGGAGCUGACGGCAGGUGCGGCGGUCGCCUGCUUCCUGGCGCUGGAAGGCGCUGACUUGAGCUACGCUAACCACCGCGGCCGGAGCCCGCUGGACUUGGCCACCGAGGGUCGGGUGCUCAAAGCCCUGCAGGGAUGUGCCCAGCGCUUCCGGUGAGCCCGGCGGGCGGGGCGGGGCGGGGCGG